CAGUUAUAUGUAAUCCUAGACGGAGAUCCAUGUCUUAUCCUCCUCUUUAUGCGGAUGAGGGAGAAGGAUAACCUGCAUAGAAUCUAGCGUAGUAACUUCAUGUAACUUCUAUUUAUAUUGUAUUUGUAUAUUUACUUGCCACGAUGGCUUCGCCUCCGUCACCUAAAGAUAAAAUUUUAAAUAAUUUAAGUAAUGGUUUGAAAAAUACUAAAAUUUCUAGUAUGUCUCCGGAGAAAGAACAAAAUAAUAUCGGCGAAAUAGCGAUAGAAGCUUCGGAAAUUGUAAGUAGACUUGAACAAAUAGCGGAAGGGGUUCCAAUACCUGAAAGCGCAUACAGUCAGCCUACAGUUUUUCUCGGCCUAGAUCGAAAAAAUGUAGAAGAAAUCAUGGAUAUUAUAUAUGGUCUUAUGAGCGUAGAUGAAGAUGGUGAACCACUUCAAUUUCCACCAUUAGAUGUAGUCACUAAGCUAGUUAUAGUUUGCCACAGCUUAGCGGCAUACUGUGGUGGUUUGGAAAGAGGCAUUUUACAGAAAUUGAGUACUAGAUUCACUACAGAUACCACACGUUGGAUAAGUCAUUUGUGUGGGUUUUUGGAUUCAUCAACCUUUUAUCAUGAAGAUCAACUUGAAGGUCUUGUAAGAGUAACAAAAAUGAUGUUACAUUAUAAAUACCCUAGAUACCUAGAAGAUGGUGCUUUAGCUCUUACAAAUUCUCUGCCAAUGAUAUAUAGCAGUGUUUCUAGUCCUCUAGGUGUUGUACAACAUUUAUGUAGACAGUUGGGACUUCCUCUAGCUUGUGUGAGACCUGUUCCUGUAAACACCCUCUUUGGUUCCCAAUACACUAUGGAUGCAGCAGCUCUACAAAAAAUGCUCCAAGAAGAUGUCGCUACUGGUAAAACACCUCUAAUUGUCAUUGCAGAAGCAGGAACUUUUAUAACUGGACAUGUAGAUAAUAUAACCAGGAUCCAAGAACUUUGUAAAGCUCAUGACAUAUGGUUGCAUCUAAGGGGCCAUAGCUUGGCAACUUUGUUUCUACCCAAUUUAUCAAAUAAAAAUAACCAGAUGCAACCAAUAGCAGAUAGUUUCACAUUAACUUUUGGGAGUUGGUUCGGAAUACCAGGCAUUCCAAUGGUCACAUUAUAUCGUGUGAAAGAUAGUCCAGUGACAAACAGAGCCAAGCAAGUAGGAGCAAAUAGAGAGAGUACUCUUCCUCUAUUAGCAGGUUUGAAUACAGACCAUCAAGGGAGAAGAAUAAUCUCCUUACCUCUCUGGGCCUGUCUCCAGAGAUUAGGACAAGAAGGUGUACAAUCUAGAAUCAGAGAUAAUUUUAUAGCAAGUGAACAUUUGUGGAUGGCAUUGAAUGUUUUCAGAAAUAUUAGAUUAUUGAGCCCUAGACCAGGUGGUGAAGGAGGAAACUACACAAUUUCUGAAUUAUUAACAAGGCCCACUUCAAUACCUGUUCUUUUGGAAUCUACUGCUACUUGUGUAGUCUUCCAAUUCACCCCAGAAUGGACGGAAGGUGAAAUGUUCACAAAAGUGCCUCCUUAUUAUGACAAAUUGAAUUCUUGGUUGGGACAGAUAUUACAUCAGGAUGCUCCACAAAUUCCUUUGGAAAUAUGUGAAUUAGAAAAUAUAGGAGUGGUGCUUCGCUUUUGCCCCUUCGAGAAUUCUACGGGCAGGCAACCCACAUCGGAAGAAAUAACUUCCUUCAUCCAAUGCUUAGAACAACAACUAGUCAUUCUGAAAGCCACCAUUCAACAUAAAGAAACUUUCAUACAUCUAGUUGAACAGUCUCCAGUUUUGAGUAUCGUAGAACUGCCAGAAUGGGCCGGUUUGGGAGGAGUGAGGUACGCUCCAGAAGGUUGGGAACAGCUACUGACAGAUCAAGCGAAGCACGAACUCAAUAACCUGAAUAUAGCACUAGUUGAAGCUCUCAGAACCACAGAUUCAGCCUUUUCGUUAGGAGAAGGAGCAGAUGGUAUGAUGUGCAUACGAUUCGGUAUGCUAACACCACAAUCAGAUGUUGAAGAUCUGCUGAACCUGGUUAUCAAAGUUGGACAAUCUGUGGAGGAAAAUUCUAGAGUUUUGGACUCAAUGGCAGAGAUAGUAAAAAAGGGAAUAGAAACAGCAACAUUGGAUCUCCAAAAAGAAAAUGAUGAAUUACUGUGGCAGGAUGGUAUCUUAAGGCAUGUCCCAGUUGUAGGAACUUUUGUUAAUUGGUGGUCACCAAAACCUAAAGAGACAGGUGUCAAAGGAAGAAGUCUCAACCUCACACAAGGUGUUGUUGAGUCAACCGAAAAUAUUUACAAAUAUCAUAUGCAAAUUCAAACAGGAACAACGCCUCAAGGUUCUAAGAGUCCUCCGACUCCAUUGAUUCAAACUUCAGUAGGCGGUCAUUCAAGGUCAAGCAGUCAUGCAAGCCAAACUUCCAGUCAGGGAGGCGUGAACAACCUACAGGCUGAGGAGUCUGGAGAAAAAGCUAAACAAAAUAACAUAACAGAGAAAUCAGGUCAGAAUAUUGUUGUUAAUUCGAAUAUAAACAAUGCUGUGAGUAAUAUACAAGAGACUGAAAAAGAUAGCCUUCAUCAAUAACCAAAACGUGGUUAAAUUUCAAUGUAUUAAGAAUUGGGUAGAACAAUUUUAGCGUUUUAUAAAUUUGGCUUUGCAUUGCAAAAAGUUACUUUAGGAACUUUAAUGAUUUCGUUGCAAAAUUAUUUUACCCAAUUGUUAGCUUCACUGUUAAGUAUAUAUUCAAGUAUUCAGUCCUUAAUGUUUUAUUAUCAAAGUUGUUAUGUAUAUAAGUUUAUUCUAUGUUUAUUUCAUAUAAGUUAUUUCUGUUAACAUAAGUAUUGCUUAUUUCAUAUGGCAUUGCUGACCAAUAAAAUUUUGAUUUGUCUCUUUGGAAUAAAGUUGAAUAAAAUUUUCGAGGCAGUGGACACUUUUCCAGUACACAUGAUACACAGUUGUAAUGAAGAGAGAACUUCAAAUAAAUACAACAUAAAACAUCA